AAGGGUGCCUCCAGCUGUUGCAAAACUACAACUUCCAGCAUGUCUGGACAGCCAUUUUUUAUGGUAGUAUAACAUGUAAUAGAGCCUUUGGCUGUCCAGGCAUGCUGGGAGUUGUUGCCACUGCUGGACACACACAGUUUGAAAACACUACUGUAAUGAAUCAGCGCAGCACACAGCACGUAGCUUGCAUUUCUAUUGGACCAGAGGGAGGGAGUGGGGCGUUACAUUAUUAUAAUUUCCUCAGUGUGGAGAGCAGGGGGAGGACAGCAACUUACAGGAAGUAUGAGAGAAGGAUCUUGGGAAAUGUAGUCUUUUAUUACUCUGCUUCUCCCUCCAUGCUGCAAAAAUAUAGAUCUUUGGGAGGGCAUAUCAGGAAAACUGCUGACUUGAUUUUGACCACAAACACCAGAAAAAAAACUCCCCUUGGGUGUCUCUGGGCAAAUAUAUACACAACAAAUUUCCUUGGGGGAAACAAAUCCCCUCAGGGAUAACCCUGUCUAAAGGCACCCAAUUCAAUUAUAAAACGUAACUUUUAUUCCAUUUUCCAUUUAAACUAGUAUUAGUGCUUUAGCUCUAAUACUUUAGCACUAAUUAGCACUAUUAGCACUAAUACUAGUUUAAAUUGAUUUUGACCAAACACAUCGUGCUGGAAAGGUCUUUACAAACAUUACAUCACAACCACGCCCCCUUGUGGUGUCACGCCCCUUCCAUUCAUGUCUUUGGGAGGGGACACGCCCCCUCCCAUAGACAUGAAUGGAAGGGGCGUGUCUGUGACGUCACGACCACUGCUGCAUGAAUACGGUGUUUAGAACGCCGGGUGUUGCAGGGGGCCAGCAGUGGGAUUCCCCGCGAUCAAACAUCUUAUCACCUAUCCUUUGGAUAGGAGAUAAGAUGUCUAGCAGCGGAGUACCCCUUUAAGGCCAAAUUUCAAUAUCACAUAUUGGCUCUUCAUGUGGAACCAUAUGAAAGGCUUUACUGGAAUCCAAAUAGGCAAGAUUUACGGCACUACCUUCAUCCAACACUUGUUGAAGUCCAAAUAGGCAAUGUCUAUGGCACUAAGGUCAUCCAACACUUACUGAAGUACAAAUAGGCAACAUUUACGGCACUACCUUCAUCCAACACUUGCUGAAGUCCAAAUAGGUAAUAUCUAUGGCACUACCUUCAUCCAACACUUGCUGAAGUCCAAAUAGGUAAUAUCUAUGGCACUACCUUCAUCCAACACUUGCUGAAGUCCAAAUAGGUAAUAUCUAUGGCACUACCUUCAUCCAACACUUUUUUUUAGACAUUAUCAAAGAAAUCAGUGAGAUUAGUCUUAUAUGAUUAUCCCUCACUAGAGCCAUGCUGGUUAAAUAAAUAAAAGAGUUAAUAUUGUUACUACACAAAAAGUCAGGCUAAUUGGCAUAUCGUUUUUUACCUUCUCUUCAACACUUUUUGUGGAUGGGUAAUAUUAAUAGUUGUUAUCCUUGGCAGAUUCUUGUACCCGGACAUCAGAGGAGAAUCUUAUAUCUUCAGAUUAUAAAGCAGAUGAUGAUAUCACACAAGAUACAUAUGAAGAACAUUCCAUUAUCCCAGAUACACCCUCAGCCCUUCACAGCCAAGAUCUCUCAUCUCAUCCUGUUAUACCCGUCCUGUCUACUGAUCCAUCACAGACUGUUAAGAAGAUAAAAAGUUACAUAAAUGGUGAUGAAAAUCCAAGAGGUCAUACAGAAAAAGCUUUUACCCAUAAAAAAUAUCUUGUAAGACGUCAGAAAAUUCACAUAACGGAGAAGCCAUUUUCAUGUUCAGUAUGUGGGAAACAUUUUAAAUUAAACAAAAACUGUGUUAAACAUGAGGGAAUGCACAAAGGAGAGACACUAUUUUCAUGCCCAGAAUGUUCUAAAUGUUUUACUUUAAAAUCAAUGUUUGUUAGACAUCUGAGAACUCACACAGGGGAGAAGCCAUUUCAAUGCCCAGAAUGUGGAAAAUGGUUAUCUGCAAAAUCAACCCUUGUUGAACAUCAGAGAAUUCACACAGGUGAGAAGCCAUUUUCAUGUUCAGAAUGUGGUAAAUGUUAUAAUGCGAAAUCAUCUCUCGCUAAACAUCAAAGAACUCACACAGGGGCAAUGCCAUAUGUAUGCCCAGAAUGUGGGAAAGGUUUUAAUUCAAACACAAGUUUUGUUAAACAUAAAAGAAUGCACACAGGGGAGAAGCCUUUUUCAUGCCCAGAAUGUGGGAAGUGUUUUAGGGAGAAAACAAGUCUUGAUGAACAUCAGAGAAUUCACAUAGAAAAGGAUCCAUUUUCAUGUAAAGUGUGUGGUAAAAGUUAUAAUUGGAAAGCAAAUCUUGUUAAACACCAGCGACUGCACACAGGAGAGAAGCAAUUUUCAUGCUCAGAAUGUGGGGAAUGUUUUGAGAUGAAAACAAGUCUUGAUAAGCAUCAGAAAUUGCACAGAGGGGAGAAGCCAUUUUCAUGCUCAGAAUGUGAAAAAUGUUUUUCUGCAAAAUCAAAGCUUGAUAGACAUAUGAGUGUUCACACAGGGGAGAAGCCAUUUUCAUGUUCAGAAUGUGGGAAAUGUUUUACUUCAAAAUCAUAUUUUGAUCAACAUCAGAAAAGUCACACAGAGGAGAAUGCAUUUCCAUGUUCAGAAUGUGGAAAAUGUUUUUCUAUGAAAUCAGCGCUUGUUAAACAUCUGAGAAUUCACAGACGGGAGAAACCAUUUUCAUGCUCAGAAUGUGAGAAGUGUUUUACUUUCAAAUCAAUGCUUGUUAAACAUCUGAGAGUUCACACUGGGGAGAAGCCAUAUUCAUGUUCAGAAUGUGGGAAAGGUUUUACUGUGAAAUCAUCUUUUGUCAUACAUCAGAAAAAUCACACAAUGGAAAAACCAUUUAUGUGUACAGAAUGUGGGAAAUGUUUUGCUAUGAAAUCAAAGCUUGUCACCCAUCUGAAAAGUCACACAGGAGAGAAGCCAUUUUCAUGCUCAGAAUGCGGGAAGGGUUUUGUAAGGAAAUUAGGUCUUGUUGAACAUCUGAGAAUUCACACAGGGGAGAAGCCAUACUCAUGUUCAGAAUGUGGAAGAUGUUUUACCCACAAGGUAACUCUAAUUAAACAUCAAAUAAUUCACAGCAGAAAAACCUUUUCAUAACCAGAAUGCGAGAAAGUUUUUAUCUACUAAUUUAAUCUUUAAGGGAAUUUUUUUUUAUUUUUUAGAAUUUAUGGCAAGUUUUUUUUUUUCCAGCAGUAGUGUACCAUGCAAAAAAUACAAAAUUACUUCACACUUAAGGGACUUAAUUAGGAAGGAAAAUAUUCUAAUAUAUCAGUAACCUAUAGGGCAAUAUGGCCUCAAAAAGGACCCAGCAAUUCCUAUCAGUUAUGUCAGGGUCCUGUACAGAACACUCAGUGUCCCAAAAAAGUAACAUGGAGCCGUCUUCACCUGGUGUCCAAAGGAGCCACUAACCCUGGCACAGGUAAAGAGUAGUACAGAAUAUGUAGUACCUACCUGUACUGUUGAGGGCGCUACCAGACACGAGUCAGUGCAUACACUUCAGUAAUACAGGUAAAGAGUAGUACAGAAUAUGUAGUACCUACCUGUACUGUUGAGGGCGCUACCAGACACGAGUCAGUGCAUACACUUCAGUAAUACAGGUAAAGAGUAGUACAGAAUAUGUAGUACCUACCUGUACUGUUGAGGGCGCUACCAGACACGAGUCAGUGCAUACACUUCAGUAAUACAGGUAAAGAGUAGUACAGAACAUGUAAUACCUCCCUGUACUGUAGGGGGCGCUACCAGACACCAGUCAGUGCAUGCACUUCAGUAAUACAGGUAAAGAGUAGUACAGAACAUGUAAUACCUCCCUGUACUGUAGGGGGUGCUACCAGACACCAGUCAGUGCAUACACUUCAGUAAUACAGGUAAAGAGUACAGAACAUAUAAUACCACCCUAUACUGUAGGGGGCUCUACCAGACACCAGUCAGUGCACACACCUCAGUAAUACAGGUAAAGAGUAGUACAGAACAUGUAAUUCCUCCCUGUAUUGUAGCGGGCGCUACCAGACACCAGUCAGUAAAUACACUUCAGUAAUACAGGUAAAGAGUACAGAACAUGUAAUACCUCCCUAUAAUGUAGGGGGCUCUACCAGACACCAGUCAGUGCAUACACUUCAGUAAUACAGGUAAAGAGUAGUAGAGAACAUGUAAUUCCUCCCUGUAUUGUAGGGGGCGCUACCAGACACCAUUCAGUGUAUACACUUCAGUAAUACAGGUAAAAGAGUAGUACAGCACAUGUAAUACCUCCCUGUACUGUAUGGGGCGCUACCAGACACCAGUCAGUGCAUACACUUCAGUAAUACAGGUAAAGAGUACAGAACAUGUAAUACCUCCCUGUACUGUAGGGGGUGCUACCAGACACCAGUCAGUGCAUACACUUCAGUAAUAUAGGUAAAGAAUAGUACAGAACAUGUAAUACCUCCCUGUACUGUAGGGGGUGCUACCAGACACCAGUCAGUGCAUACACUUCAGUAAUACAGGUAAAGAGUAGUACAGAAAAUGUAAUACCUCCCUGUACUGUAGGGGGUGCUAUCAGACACCAGUCAGUGCAUACACUUCAGUAAUACAGGUAAAGAGUAGUACAGAACAUGUAAUACCUCCAUGUACUGUAGGGGGCGCUAUCAGACACCAGUCAGUGCAUACACUUCAGUAAUACAGGUAAAGAGUAGUACAGAACAUGUAAUACCUCCCUGUACUGUAGGGGGCGCUACCAGACACCAGUCAGUGCAUACACUUCAGUAAUACAGGUAAAGAGUAGUACAGAACAUGUAAUACCUCCCUGUACUGUAGGGGGCGCUAUCAGACACCAGUCAGUGCAUACACUUCAGUAAUACAGGUAAAGAGUAGUACAGAACAUGUAAUACCUCCCUGUACUGUAGGGGGCGUUACCACACACCAGUCAGUGCAUACACUUCAGUAAUACAGGUAAAGAGUAGUACAGAACAUGUAAUACCUCCCUGUACUGUAGGGGGCGCUACCAGACACCAGUCAGUGCAUACACUUCAGUAAUACAGGUAAAGAGUAGUACAGAACAUGUAAUACCUCCCUGUACUGUAGGGGGCACUACCAGACACCAGUCAGUGCAUACACUUCAGUAAUACAGGGGUUCUAGCAGUGAAUGCCCAUUCUGAUGGGUCGGUUCUUCCAGCCAUUGACAGGUAUCACAUAUCUGGACUGUCUGUAGCAUUUUAUGUUGUGUCUGGUUUGAAGUUACAAUGGUCCAGAACAGACUGAAAAUAUUGUAAUGUGAGGCCAUUGUAAGUUGAGGGUCACUGUUUACCCAAAAAGGUAUCCGUACUCGUUAUCCAACUAAUAAACACACAACCUUAUUAUCCCUAUAUGUUUAUUUCCUUGUAUGUAUUUGCUUUAUUGUGAAAUAAAUCGUUGCUUCUCCUAUUUAUUUAUAUAAAGGA